AUGCACCUUCAGAGGGUACCAGACGAGAUCAUGUGUAGGGCAUUCCCGACCACGCUGAAGGGGUCUGCGAGGGUUUGGUUCAGUAGGUUGACACCAAACUCCAUAAAUACUUUCAAGGAGUUGAGCGCCCAGUUCACCUCACACUUCAUAGGCGGACAUCGGUACAAAAGGUCCACCGCGUGCUUAAUGAGCAUCAAGCAGCGAGAAGACGAGACGCUGUGGGCCUACAUAACUCGUUUCAACAAAGAAGCCCUUUCGAUUGACGAAACUGACGAUAAGAUACUCGUAGCCACAUUUACUAGCGGGCUACGGAAGGGUAAGUUCUUGUUUUCCUUGUACAAGAAUGACCCGAAGACCAUGACAGACGUUCUCUACAGGGCUACCAAGUACAUGAAUGCAGAGGAUGCAUUGCUAGCCCGCGAGGAAAAGCCUAAGAAGAGGGAGAGGCAGGAGGACACAAGACAAGAUAGGGGGCGAAAGGUCGCUAGAACCGGGGAUCAACGUGAUGAAAAGCGCCCUAGACCCCCCACUGGAAGAUUCACCAAUUUCACCCCAUUAACCGCCCCGAUCGACCAAGUACUAAUGCAAAUCAAAGAUUAA